CCCUUUUGGUUUCCCAUAGCGUUACGAAACCACAUCGCGCAUGCGCGCACAAACCACCUGGCUGCCUCUGACAUUGAAAACGCAUCUACAUUUUUACACUUUCUAUAUUGGAAAUAUAACAGGUUCAUGAUGGUCAGCGGGAAGCGCAUCGCUGAUGUGGGAUACAAGCUCUUUUCAGGCUCUAUGAUGAUGCUGACGGUCUACGGCGGAUAUCUUUGUGUCAUGCGGGCCCAGAGAUACUGGGAGAAACAGAAACAACGACAGCUGGAGGCACAGAACCCGAACACAGAGAUCAUUAAAGACUGAGAGAUGUUCACAUUCAUCAUGUCGUGUGUGGGACUCUUUGUGUGGCCAUGAAGAUAAUGUAGACAUCAGCUGAAACUCACCUGCGUUUAGGUGGAGGAUCUGGAAGUUUGUGUUUGUCAUUGGCUUUAAAUGAAAUCAGUACUACAAAAAAAUGUCCUUUGAUUUAUAUGUUGUAAUAUAUUAAAUUUAACUUGUACAAUCAGA